UCGAAAAUGUAAUCGAAUAUAGGCGCGGAAAACAACGCAAAGCAUCCUUGGAUUCGACGCGCUUUCUUCCGUUUUGAUCGCUACAGCUUGUGAGGCCUCACGCUGUUCCUGCGGGAAUGGAAGAAGACCUUUCAGAUUUACUGAAGAUCUAUGGCGUCGGAGCCGCACCUUCGAGGCGAGCAGUUCAGCCGGGAAGCAAUGGUCGUCCGAUCCAACUGGUGUCGAACCUCUACAAUGUAUCAGUGCAAGCUCCGACCGUAUACCGCUACGAGGUCACCAUUGAUAGGAUCGGCGCGAAGCAAAUGGUGGGAUUCAAGAACGCGAGGAAAAAUGUCACAUCCGUCAGGUUGAACCAGCGAGCAGUGACUCAAUUCGCUAGAGAGGGCUAUUUGGGCAGUUGUGUUCCGGCUUACGACGGACGGAGUAUUUUGUAUAUGAUGCGACCGCUCCCAUCGCCGAUCACUUCUGCCACCGUAACAGUUAACCUGGACGAUGGGACAGAGUGCGAUGAAUUCGCUCGGAAGCAACAGUUCGAAAUAUGUCUGAAGGAAAUCGGACCUCUUUCUCUGAGAACAUUCAAUCAAGAGGUCGUCCAAGCGCUCGACAUCAUCGUGCGCACCGGUCCGCUGAUUGAGCCCAGCAUCGUCCCAGUGGGACGUUCCUUUUUCAGUCGGACGAUGAGUAACCUGGGGGAUGCUUCGAUGCGUGGCUGUAGAGAAUUGUGGUUCGGAUACUUCUGCUCGAUCCGGCCAGGACAAUGGAAACCAAUGCUGAAUGUCAAUAUAUCGGCCACGCUUUUCCAUGAGAAGCUCCCUCUCGUGGACUACGUGGUCAAGUUCCUCAACAAGAAUACUCCGGACGAGCUCAAAAACGGCUUGAAAGCCUCGGAACACGAGGUUUUGAAGCGAGAGUUACAGGGCGUCAAGAUCAAGGUCACGCAUUUGCCUUACCAACGGCGGUACACGGUUGCCGGGAUUUCGAAGAAAGGUGCGGCAGACUACACGUUCGAGGUCAACGGUGCUCGAGUCAGCGUAGCCGACUACUUCGAAAACCACUACGGUAUCCACCUCCGGUAUCCCGCGCUACAAUGCGUCGAGACGUUAACGAAGGACGGCAACAAAAACUACAUACCGAUGGAAGUGUGUGAGACUAUCGAGGGUCAGCACGCGAAAAUAGUCAAUUCUGACCAGACGGCGGUACUCAUCAGAAAAACAGCGAUGACGCCGAAAAAGCGAUUCGAGAGCAUCGACAAGUUCGUCAAGAAAGUUGUCAAUGAGGACGCUGCUGCACACCUACGCGAAUUCGGGCUCCAGGUUGACCUGAAACCAGUUCAAGUCAAAGCCAGAGUCCUCAACUCGCCCACGCUAGAAAUCGGAAAACAAGGAACCUUGAAACCCAGGGAUGGUUAUUGGCGAAUGGAAGGAAAACAGUUCUUCAUCGGCGCCGAACUGUCCUGCUGGGGUGUGGCGGACUGCCACGGCUCAGGCCGUUGCGCGGAGUUCGCUAAGAGUCUCGAGCGCCUCGGCAGGAAUCUCGGGAUGAAAAUUGAGCCGCCGGCCUUUGUCCGGAACUAUCAGAAAGUUCCUGCUAAGAAGAUGCUUUCGGAAAUCAAGAGCCAGUUCCCACAAAUCGUGAUGACACUCGUGAUCAUGGGUAGAGACACCGAGUACGAAGUCAUCAAGCAGCUGAGCGAAAAUGACGAAUCGCUCCUCCAGAUAACCCAGUGCAUCAGGGGUUCUAACAUCGAGAGCAAGAAAUGCAACAACAAUUUCAUCACCAACGUGCUCAUGAAGAUGAAUGCGAAGCUCGGUGGAAUAAACAACGGGUUGAAAGAAGUGCCGGAGUGCAUGAGAGAACCAUUCAUCGUUUUCGGGGCUGACGUCUCUCAUCCGGGUCCGACGAACGAUAUACAACCAUCGAUCGCCGCGGUGGUCGGGAGUCUAGACUCAACACCAUCCCAAUACCAUACCGUGACCAGCUUCCAAAGGAGCUCCACCUGCAAUCGACUGGAAUAUAUCGCUAAUCUGAAAGUCAUGAUCAAAGACUGCUUGAGGGCUUUCUAUCGCAGAAACCGCACGAAGCCUAUGACACUGUUAUUCUAUAGGGACGGUGUCUCAGAGGGCCAGUUCGAAGCCGUGAGGGUCUUUGAAAUUCUACAGAUUCGAAUGGCCUGCAAGGAACUGCAGGACGACUACGAGCCGCCUCUGACGUUCAUCGUUGUCCAAAAACGUCAUCAUGUGCGCUUCAAACCCCUCAACGACGCGGAUAGUCGGCAUGAGAAUAUCCCCGCGGGUACGGUUGUCGAAGACACGGUGACGCACCCUGUGAACUUCGACUAUUUCCUAUGUUCCCACGCAGGAAUACAAGGUACCUCCAAACCCGCGCACUAUCGAGUCCUUCACGAUGACGCCAACCGAUCCGCCGACGAGCUUCAAACUAUUUCCUAUAGUCUCUGUCAUGUGUACGGCCGUUGUUCUCGUUCGGUUUCCAUACCGGCUCCGGUCUACUACGCACACUUGGCGGCAGCGCGAGCGAAAGAUCAUUUCAAAGCGGCAAACAUUCAUCCUUCAUCGACUUCUGACGGGUCAUCGGGCAUCGAAUCCGGUUCUAGUCUCCUUCAGAAAGAGAUUGGCCGAGACCUGGACCUCCACGAUCUCAAGCGACUCAGCAGCAACGUCGAUGCACGGAUGAGAGAUUACCUUUAUUACGUUUAG